AUGGACAACUAUUCAUAUGCACUUACUUUGAAAAAAGAUAUAUUCGUAGUGGGUGAUCUAAAUUGUAACUUAUUAAAAAGUGGUCCAGAAUCUGAUGCGUUGAACGAAUUGUGCAGCAGCUUGAAUUUAUUCCAACUUAUCAAGAAACCAACUAGGGUGACUUUGCAGUCCUCAUCUCUCAUCGAUGUGAUUUUAACAUCUAACACAAGCUUGGUAGUGGAAAGUGGAGUUGAAGAAACGCACAUCAGUGACCACUUUCUGGUUUAUUCAAUAUUAAAGCUUAAAUUGCCUAAGAAAUUACCUGAUUACAUGGUCAUAAGAAGUUUUAAGAAUUAUUCUUCUGAAGCGUUUAAAAAUGAUCUAGAACAGCUGAUUUGGCAAGAAAAUCCAAUUGACCAGGGCGUUAACCAGCGACUGGACAAUUUUAAUCAGAAAUUUCUAAGUGUAUUAGAUAUGCAUGCCCCGAUAAAGACUGUUAAGAUUAAACGUCGCUUGUGCCCUUUUGUUGACCAGGAAAUUGUUCAACUUAUGAAAAAAAGAAAUGCGCUGCAUAAACUUGCCCGCCAAACCCUGCAGGCCUUGGACUGGGACAGAUAUCGUUCAUGUAGAAAUCAAAUUAAAAGAAAAUUGAGAGAAUCCGAGAGAAAAUUUGUGUAUAAAAGAAUUAAUGAUAAAAAUAGCAACAACAACUCCCUUUGGAAAACUGUAAGAGAAUGUAUUCCUAGAAAUGAAAAAACACGUUUAACUUAUUCUGGGAAUGUCGUUGAAGUAGCGAACAAAUUUAAUGAAUACUUUUCUUCAGUCGGAGCAAAAGCGGCAGAAGAAUCGAAGAAUCCAAAGCGUUGAUUACUUCAUAUGGUCUUACAUCGACUCAUCCAGAGAUACCACAUAAAUUUAGUGCAGAAAUUGACAAGUUUCAUUUUCACCCUGUGUCCUGUGACGUGAUUCGUAAAAUUGUGUGUUCUUUUCCAUCCAAUAAGUCCCCUGGACCAGAUAAAGUUUCUGUGAAAGUGAUCAAAGAUGCCUUACCAUACAUUCUUCAACCUCUUACGGAUAUUGUUAACUGCUCUUUAAGAGAAUCUUUGUUUCCCAGCGCCUGGAAGUUGUCAGAAGUUAUUCCCCUAUUAAAAGAAGGGAAUCACGAAAUUGCUAAAAAUAAUCGGCCAAUUUCCUUGCUACUUGCUGCAUCAAAGAUCUGCGAGCGUGUAGUUUUGGAACAAUUUACCGCAUAUGUGGAACAGAAGAAAUGCUUAAGCGUACACCAAAGUGGAAACAGGAAGCUGCACUCCAUUGAAACAUUGAAUUUAUUUAUAUCGGAUAAGAUCUUAAAGUCUAUGGACGACAAGGAGGUCGUAGCUGUAAUUCUACUAGACCUUUCUAAAGCAUUUGACAGUAUCGAUCUUGUAUUGCUUCUAAAAAAGCUCCAAGUAUUGGGAGUGUCCGAUGACGCUUUAUGUUGGUUUAAAAGUUACUUGACAGGACGACAGCAGGUUGUGCGCAUUGGAUCGACUGUCUCUGAAACACGCACACUCAAUCAUGGCGUUCCGCAGGGCUCAAUUCUCGGUCCCAUGUUAUUCAACAUAUAUAUUAAUGAUUUACCUAUGGUACCAAAGAAUGGUAAUUUGAAGUCUUACGUCGACGACUCGAAGCUACUUUUGUCAUUUUCCGUCAAUGAAGUGAACUCAGCGGCUGCUAAGCUUAACGAAGAUCUACGGAGAGUCGUUUCUUGGUGUUCUCUAAAUAGUCUGCUUAUUAAUCCCAAUAAGACGAAAUUACUUGUGUUCGCAACUCGUUAUAUGUUGAAACAGAUACCGGCAGAUUUCCAUAUUUUACUAUUGGGGAAAAAACUGUUUCCUGUAACCUCAGCCACUGAUCUAGGCGUGACACUGGAUAGUGGUUUGACGUACGAUGAACACGUCACAAAACUGGUUUCCUCUUGUGUCGGUAGCCUGUGUCAAAUUAAUAGAGCAAGGCACCUUUUUGAUAUGAAGACGUUAAUUCUUUUAAUAAACGCGUUGGUUUUUAGUAAACUCUAUUACUGUUCAACCAUAUGGUCUAAUUCAUCGAAGAAAAACAUUGCAAAAUUGCAAAAAGUUCAGAAUUUCGCAGCACGUAUUGUCACGGGCACAAAAAAAUUCGACCAUAUCACUCCAUCUUUAAAACAGCUUAACUGGUUGGUUCAACAAUUUCUCGAUGAACAGAACUGA